AUGUCAAAUGCACGGAGAGAUCGUAGGCAGGGCUACAGAUUCGCCGCCGGAGGCAGUGGUCAUGAUCAACGUGAUCCGCGAGACAUCGAGCUCCAACGUUUGCAAGAUCGGAUUUGUGAUCUCGAGUUCGAGAAUGAUUAUCUUCAACAACAACAUUCACGCAGAGAUGACGAACGCACGGUCACCAACUCGGUUGUUUGGGACGAGUAUGACCGCGACGAUCUCACUCACCACGAUGACUUUCACAACGUUUUUGCCCGUCCACCGCGUCACCAGCACUCACCGAUCCGUAACCCUACUGACCCGUUGUGUGCUAUUGGUUUGCGGACCGAGAUCCCAGAAUUCGAAGGAAGAUUACACGCGGACGAUUUCAUUGAUUGGCUUCAAACAGUCGACCGUGUUUUUGAUCUACGCGACAUUCCAGAAACCCUAAAGGUAAAAAUUGUUGCUAUACGUUUUAGAAAAUAUGCCUCCUUGUGGUGGGAAAACUUACAGAAACAACGUCAGCGGGAGGGAAAACGAAAGGUUGACACUUGGGAAAAAAUGCGACGCCUUUUACGAGCUAAAUUCCUACCCGUUAACCACAAACAAGAAUCCUUUUUAGAUUACCAUACUCUAAAACAGGGUUCUUUAACGGUGGAGGAAUUUAUUGCCACGUUUGACCAAGCUCGUUUACGAUGUGGGAUAGAAGAAGAGGAAGAACAGGUAAUCGCGAGAUUUUUGGGAGCCCUUAGAUCCGAUAUUACCGACAUCGUAUGCCUCCAACAAUAUUGGACUUUUUCGGAUGUUUGUUUGUUGGCCCAUCGGGUAGAAAAGCAACUCACCAAUAAAACUAAGCCCACUAACCGUUUCCCACCCACUCGCACCUAUCCAACCCAACAACCUCCAACCAAAACAGAGCCCACUGUUACACCCGCGGCCCAGCCCGCCCAAUCCACCCAACCUCAGCGAUGUUACAAAUGUCAUGGACUUGGACACUUGAAACGCGAAUGCCCGAACAGGCAGGUGGUUACCCUUGUCGACGACCCGAAACCAGUUUACGACUCAGAACCCGAGGAUGAUUCGGCUGACCCGUCUAACCUUGUGUUACCCGACACCGGAGAGGCCUUGGUCAUCCAACGUGUUCUCACCACCACCCUACCCGAUUCCUCCGAUGACACCUCAUGGCUUCGGAACACCAUUUUCCGAACUAAGUGUACUGCCAAGGGCAAAGUUUGUACGAUUAUUAUCGAUGGCGGGAGUUGCGAAAACAUUGUCUCGACAACUAUGGUGGAUAAAUUGGGUUUACAAGUCCACGACCAUCCCGAGCCCUACCAACUCACAUGGCUAAAAAAAGGUACUAUUUUAAAGGUCACUCACCGUUGUCUCGUCCAGUUUUCGAUCGGUGACAAAUACGCCGACGAGGUUUGGUGUGAAGUUUUGCCAAUGGAUGCGUGCCACGUUUUACUCGGCAGGCCAUGGCAAUAUGAUCGUCGGGUUAAACACGACGGAUUUCGUAAUACCUAUUCUUUCAAAAAGGAUGGAGUUCAUAUCACGUUAGCACCUUGUGACCCGCGCAAGGAACCCGGCCCCUCCUCCCUAGUUUCGAAGUCCGUUUUCACCACGUUGCUAAAGGCCGAGGCCCCCCAGCUUGUUCUCGGACUUUUUUUGACCGAGCCAAACCCGACCGAGACAACAAUCCCGCCACAGGUCCACCCGUUACUCGCCGAAUACAUGGAUGUUUUUCCAACCGAGAUUCCACCGGGUCUUCCACUCAUUCGGGACAUCCAACAUUGUAUCGACUUCGUUCCAGGUGCGAGCAUCCCUAAUAAACCCGCAUACCGUAUGAACCCAACUGAAUUUAACGAGCUAAACCGUCAAGUACAAGAGUUGUUAGAGAAAGGGCUGAUUCGCGAGAGUAUGAGCCCAUGUGCGGUACCGGCCUUACUAGUCCCUAAGCCAAAUGGAACGUUUCGUAUGUGCAUUGACAGUCGGGCAGUUAAUAAAAUCACAAUCAAAUAUCGGUUCCCAAUUCCGAGAUUUGAUGACUUACUUGACCAUUUGCACGGGGCACGAGUUUUUACAAAGAUCGACUUACGUAGCGGGUACCAUCAGAUACGGAUGCGUGAAGGCGAUGAAUGGAAAACGGCUUUCAAAACACGUGACGGCCUUUACGAAUGGAUGGUGAUGCCUUUUGGAUUGUCUAAUGCCCCUAGCACGUUCAUGCGCCUUAUGAACCACAUCUUCAAACCUUUUAUCGGUACGUGUGUAGUGGUUUAUUUUGAUGACAUUCUCGUUUAUAGUGCAGAUAUUCCUCAACAUUUACAACACCUACGGUCCAUUUUUGAUGUUUUGCGGGUACAAAAACUUUUCGCGAACAAAGAGAAGUGCCAGUUCUUACAACCGGAGGUGAUUUUUUUGGGUUUCUUUAUUUCGGGGGAUGGCUUACGGAUGGACGAUUCUAAGGUUAAAGCAAUCACCACGUGGCCCGCUCCUAAGUCACUACAUGACAUUAGGAGUUUUCACGGGCUCGCUUCAUUUUAUCGACGGUUCAUACGGGAUUUUAGCUCCAUUGUCGCUCCCAUCACUGAGUGUUUGAAGAGCUCAAAGUUUAUAUGGACACCGGCGGCACAAUCCGCUUUUGAAACUCUUAAAUCAGCUGUUACUCAAGCGCCGGUUCUUGCAAUCCCAGAUUUUGACAAGGUUUUUCAAGUGGAAUGUGAUGCUUCGGGCCUUGGUAUUGGGGGAGUUUUGUCACAAAACAACCGACCAAUCGCUUUUUUUAGCGAAAAGUUUAGUGACACCCGUCGGCGUUAUAGCACCUAUGACAAGGAAUUCUACGCCAUCGUGAGGAGCUUGGAAUAUUGGCGUCAUUACUUAUUGCCUAACGAGUUUGUCUUAUUUUCUGAUCAUCAGGCUCUUAAGUUCAUUCAGGGACAAGCGAAGUUAAAUCCAAGACACGCCAAAUGGGUUGAAACGCUUCAGGAUUUCAACUUCGUAAUUCGCCACAAAGCAGGCACUGCCAAUUCGGUAGCGGACGCCCUUAGCCGACGCCCCGCUUUACUCGUAACGGUCGCGGUAAAUGUACACGAGUUUGAUUCGUUCCCGGGCUUAUACCCAUCGGACCCCGACUUCGCAGCCUUGUGGAAGUCCACAGCCUCCGGCCCACAAAACAAAUUUUUGCGCAGGGGUGAUUUUUUGUACAAAGGGGCGCGGUUAUGUGUCCCGAACUCGUCUUUUCGGGAAUCGAUUAUUUUGGAAUAUCACCGGGGUGCUCUAGCCGGCCAAUUUUUUAAGAGAUAA